UGUCUGAGUAACAUCUCAUUCAAAGAACUUUCUGUUAUUUCUUAAUACCAAAAUAUUAUCAGUUUGGGCGUUUAACAGUUGAUGGAUCUACAUUAAAAUUUGGAUUUAAAAAAUUAUCUUUAAAGAGAGGAUUUAUAAUCAAAUUCAUUUUGGAUUGCAUGAGAAAUUUUGAAUUAAUACUGAUUGGAUUUAUAUUUGACCAGGACAGGAUUUGGACUAUUCUUGCAUAUUAAAAUUGGACUUUAUGGCUAGUAAAUAUUCUUAAGAAUUUUCUGGUUUCAAACAAUAUCGUGAAGAUGAUGAAGUUUCAGUUGCCACAGACUACCAGGACUAUGAUCCUGCCAAACAUAACCCUGUAUUUUAUGGCAGGAUGCACAGUCGUGUACCAGUAGAUUGCGACCCAAGAGAGGAUGUUGACCCAGCUGUUAUUCACCCCUCAGUGAUUGGGUAUUCAUUUACAGAAAAACCUCCAAAAACACCUCCACCUCCCCCUCCACCAGUUCCAUCUAAAGAGGAGUGUUCGCCGAGAGAAUAUCUGCAGCAUUAUGUUUUUCCCGUGCUAGUGCCUGCUAUGGAAGAAAUGUUAAAACAAGCUAAAACAGAAAAAUGUUUUGAGAGGAAAAGAACGAAGUUUAAUGCUUUAGAUUAUGUAACUGCAUUCCUUUAUAACCACAACCCUAAUAAGUUAGAGAGAACUAAAACAGAAUUAGAAGAUAUACCUUUUGUACAAGAAUGGCUCAAAGAUCACCCACGUCCACCACUACCAUUGUCUUUGAUCUGGACGGAGGAGGAGGCUGCACUCAUAAUACAAUCUUUCUGGAGAGGAUAUCUGGUACGUCGUGAACCAGAGGUACAGGAGUUGCGACAGUGGCAGGCAGAGUGGAGAGAGGAACUGGGUGGGAUAAAACGGCGUGUCAGUGACUUUUGGGAGAAAAAGAUGCCCGAAUCUCCGAAAGCCUCACAGGAUAAUCUAAAUACAGACAAUAAAACUGAGGAAGUUGAGCCAGCCAAGUCCUCAUAAACUUACUGAUAUAAACGCAUUUCACUGUCUGUCAAAAAUCUAUCUAAAUUUGAACAAGUGUUAAUUAUAUAUUAACUUUUCUUGUUAUAUUGUUACAUUUGUGAGUUUUGGACAAGAAUGUUGAUGUUUUAUAUUUAUUUUAAUUACUAUUACAUCCAUCAUUUCCUCGAUAUGGUUUUACGUUGUCUUCUUUUUAAAUGUAAGACAAUACUACUGGUUUUAUGCAUCAUUUUAAAAGGACCCUGAAAAACGAUUUUUCCUCUAAAUUUUAGCCAUUUAGACAUAAAAAAUUUUAAAACUUAAACAUUGAAAUUUGAUUUCAUUUAUAGCUGGAUUUUUAGAAAACUUUCAGGAUAUCUUAGUUAACAUAAUAGUAACAUUUCUGUGCAAAACAUUGUAAAAUUUUUAAUUUUUUUUUUCAAAAGUGUGAUUAUGACUCAUUUUGCAGUGGGGGAAAAGUGACAUUAUUGAAGAAACUUUAGAAAUUUAAAAAGAUGCUGCUACCACUGUUGGAGACAUUUAGAAUGGUGUACAUGUAGAGUUUCUAACUGAAUCUUGCAAAGUAAAGUCGCAAUUCACAAAAAAAAAACCCUGCUAUGGAUAAGGUGGAUCUAACAGUAACAUAUCCAAACACUGUGAUACAAAACAUGAUUUUAUUGUAAUUUAUUUUCAUUUUGUCUAAUUACAUAAGAGAUGUAUUUGUAAAUUGUAAAUUAAAUGAUUUACUACACACACAAUUCACAAAUCUAAAUACUGUGAAGUGGAAUUUGAUAACAGUUUGAUAUACAGCAAGUAUUCUCAAUUGUUAUUUGAAUAUAGACAUGUUUUAUGUUGUUCUUCACAAUGGAAGUAUUGUCAAUGAAAAUAUUUGAAAAGUCUAAGAAUACUUUUGUUCUUGAUAGCUUAGUAAAUAUUUGUUAGCUAACAA